CUUCACUUGGAAAGUUAGAGAAGUUAGAAUUGCACGAUAGGACCAUAUAACGAACGACAUACAAAAGAAAUAACGCGACUGCGUUUGUGAUUUCACUAGAGGAUGUCUUCUUGUGAUCCACCACAACAUGUUCAGCCAUAUCAAUCAGAUGAUGACGCUGAACUAUCGGAGGGAGAAGUGGAUGAGACUGUAGCACCCUUCCUCUCCUCGAGGACCAUUGGCCAGGCAUUAGAAGCCCUCCUGCAAGGAGAGCCCUUGGCCGACUCAGAGGUGAUGUGGAGACAGCUGCUGACCUGGUGCCAGACGAUGCGCCUGGAGAACCAGAGUCUCUGGGCUGAGGUGGGGAGACUGCGCUCUCUGUUACAGAUGAGACAUGAGGGAACAUCAUCAGCCUUGACUGUUCCGGUUCCCAUCUGGGAUGGUGCUAGGGAGGUGGUUCCCCACUCUGUGCGUCCAAGAUUUCCUGUGCGCACCACCCUGCAGUUUCGGCCGAGUUGUAGGGGGUCAGUUUUAAGCAGGCGUAUUCAUGGUGUCGCCUGCCCCUUCAGCUAUGUGAAGGCUCGUAUAUACCACUCAGAGCCCUCACUGGAUACCACACUACAUGCUUUUGCAUGUGAGAUCGCUGGGAACAAGCUGUGCACUGCAGGCCUGACAUCAGCUCCUCUGCCUGUCCCCCAGGCUGCUUCGUACGCAGAGGUGAACAUCCAGCCUAGCGCUAAUGCGCCCCCAUCACAUUCAGAGGUGCUGAGGGAUGCAUUCUGCCAAAGCAGCACUCUGAGCGUCGGGAAAACUCAAUCUGAGCCCUCUUUGGCUGAGCGGCCUCCUGUUCCAGCACCACAGCUGUUCAACAACGAGCCAUCCAGGGCACCUUCUGCCCCGGCUGCCUUGAAUUCUAGAGCUGCCUCUUGCCCUGAAGUGGUCGUCCAGUUUGACAUUGGACUGAGGAGAAAAAAAGAGGAGACACUUUCGAAAUCCUCCCAAAAUGAUCUGGUGGGUUCCGCCAUUGACAGUCUGUCUGAAGAGGAGACGCUUCCGAAAUCUUCCCAAAAUGAUCUGGUGGGUUCCGCCAUUGACAGUCUGUCUGUCAAUGAGUCUGUCUUUGAGUUCAGUGCUAAUGGGCCUAAGCAGGUCCAGCCCCGUCCCACCAAGAUUAAACCUGUUCUGUCCGGGGAUGCAUCCAGAGACCCCCAGCUGAACACUCAGGAGCAGCUGAAGAGAUUGAGAGAGGAGAUGGUGAAAGCUUGUGAAGAUGACCUAGUGGGUCACGAGUACCCUGACGUUGCUGAGUCUGUCCUCGAGUUCAGUGCUAAUAUUAGGGAACUCAACAUCUGCCUGGACUGUUGCUCUGUCCCACACAAAGUGGAAUAUGAGGGUGGUGUCCCUGUGGGACACACAUGUCACGGCCCUCCCACCAUCCUAGUGUGCCAAAACACUCUGAAAGCUGUGGAGCUCAAGUGUCCUAAAUGUGUUGGGAAGGUGAAAGUGGAGGAAAAGAAAGAAAGACGGAUGAUGAAGAUCCUGCAGCGGGAACAGAAGGCCAAAGAAAAGCAAGAGAGAAGGCGACUCGCAGAUGAAGAAAAGCAGCUCAUAACAGCAAUGAAGAAACUGGAGAAGCGCACGGCCUCUAAGGAAAAGAAAACACUAAGAAUGGAGAGAAAGAGGGCAAAAGAAGAAAAGAAGAGACUGGAGAAGAAACUUGCAGAGAAGGAGAAGAGAGAGAAGGAAGAACUGGCAAAAAUGCCCCGUGCCAAGAACUACACAGAGGAGGACCUAUGGCUGGCCUUGCUGGCCCUGGAGGAGGGAGGGAGCCUUCGUAAGGUGGCGGCCGAAUACGGCGUGUCCCACACCACCCUGCAAGACUGGAGGAAGGGGAAGUAUGCCCACCUCCCCCACCCCAACCGGGCAUUGCUGCCCAAUGAGGAGGAGGCCCUGAUCAGCUACAUAUUCUGUAUGGCGGUGUUGGUGACAACCAGGGAACACGUCACGGUGCACUGCUGCGUAAACACUGCUGGGGAGGCCAUACCUCCAUUUGUCAUCUUUGCAAAGUGCCUCCCCAGCACAGCCUACGGCCUGGAGAGGCCCACAAACGCGCUCUACGGUGUGUCGGAUACGGGGUUCAUGGACAAUUGGUUCACAACAGUGGACCUACGGGAUGCUUACUUCCAUAUCCCAAUCCAGAGACCACAGGAAGUACCUCCGCUUUUUCUUUCAAGGGGCGGCAUACCAGUACAAAGUUGUGUCCUGAACUAUCUGGACGACUGGUUGAUUUGUGCCCCAACCAAGGAGCGGGCAGAGAGCGACACAGAGGUGGUGUUGGCACACCUCUUCAAGUUGGGCUUGGCGCUGAACAGGGAGAAGAGUGCUGGUUCCCUGCACCACAGUAGAGUACCUGGGUCUGGUGCUAGAUUCCACCACAAUGAGAGCCUGGCUAUCUCCUCGGAGGAAGCUUGUGUUAAGGAAGAGCUUGUCCCAUCUUCUAGGGGCAAAGCAAAUAUCUGUGAUGUCCAGUCGGAGGCUGCUUGGCCUAAUGGCAGCAGCAGCCCAGGUUGUGCCACUAGGCUUGCUUCAUAUGAGGCCGCUGCAACAGUGGUUCUCGAGGAACAAGAGGAGGAUGUCCGACAGCAGCUGGCCAGUUGCAAACCUGGCAAGGCAACAGGGCCAGACGGCAUCCCAGUGUGGCAAGUGGAACACAACUAA